AUAUAUUUUAAAAAACCAAAAAUAUUAUGACUGACUUGAAAGAGAAGAAAGUAGAAGAUGAACAAUAAACAAAAAAAAUUAGAAUGAUUGUUACAUCUAGAAGUGCUUAAGAUUUGGAAAAUUUCACUAAUUAAGUUAUUGAAAAGACCAGAGGAAUUCAAAGAGAUUAAGGUGCACAAGUUGUAUUCAAAGGACCAGUUAGAAUGCCAACAAAGCAUCUUAAAAUGACUGUCAGAAAGAGUCCUUGCGGUGAAGGUUCAAAGACUUGGGAUAGAUUUGAAAUGAGAAUUCACAAAAGAGUAAUUGACUUCUAAUGCACUUUACCAACUUUCAAGGAUAUUACAAACUUCAAGAUUGGUCCAGGAAUUAAUGUUGAAUUAAACGUAGAAUAAUAAUGAUUAGUGAUAAUAUUAAAUAAUACAUUAAAUCUAAAUACAUUAAUAUAAUUAGUAAUA